UCUGAGGGAGAUGUGAUCCUUAAGCAACAUGCGCCUAGUGCAACCCCCCAAAUGAGGCUUCCGGGGAUCCUGAGCAAGGGCGGUCGGCUGUGCUCCUCACACAAGCACCUGAUAAAGCUUGCAGAUGUUUGCGAUGAAGCCCGCUGCAAACAGCUGGAGGAACAGAUCAACUAUGACCACUUGCAGAAACUGGAGCGCAUGUUCCAGGAAGCGGAUGUUGAUGGAGAAGGAGGACUGAAUAUGGACGAGUUCCGAAAAGCAAUGAAAAAGAUCAUGGGGGACAUUUCUGACGAAGACAUCGAUGUCAUUUUCAUGAAAGUGGACGCUAACUGUGACGGCUCUGUGGACUGGGAGGAAUAUCUGAAUUAUAUGCUUCGUGAAUAUCGUGGGAAGGACGACAUGCUGAAAAGCAAGUUGCUUCCAGAAUUCCAGACGACCAUGAAAGCUGUCUCAGUGUCCCACUCGGAGGAUAUUGUCCAGAUCCAGUUCUUUCCGAGCCAAACGCGUGGAAUUUUGGGCCACCGGGAGAACUCCUGGAAAAGCGGCAGCAGGUCUCCCUCGGGGCGAUUUCUGACUGUCAGCAGAGACGGCAUUCUGCACUACUGGAGCGACACCUUCAAGAUGCUCCGGACUGUAUACUUGGACCAGACUAAGCGACGACACAGUUUCAAACUCUGGGUGAUUGACAUGCUAUGCCUGUCCAACCUCAAUCUCUUGGCUGUUUCGACCACAGACCAGGACAUUGAGUUCUUUGACAUUGGGGGCAACAAAUGCGACCGCCUGUUUUCCCUGGUUGAUCUGGACGGAUGUGCUACCGCCAUGGACUACUGGACAGAUGGAUGCAAAGCGGUGUUCUGCGUGGGAGACCUGAAGGGGAAUGUCCUGAUCUUCACCUCCGCGGAUGUCAUCGCGAAUGGCCUUUUCAACAUCCGCAGCUACAUAGGGGGCUUGGCGAGAGUGCCCGUGCAUCUCCUGAUGAAGGGGAAGUCGAUAUUGUACAGGAAUUUCACCAUGUCUGCUUUGCACGGAGACUGGUGUCAACAGGUCAUGUACAUCCCCCAGCUCAAUUUGGUUGCUUCUUGCACACCGGCUGAGAAGUCUGCCAUGGCCCUGACGUCGCUCCCCCUGCAUAACGUUGGGAAAAUCCAGUCAGCUUUGAUUGUCCUGAGGAAAGGGAUCCUGUGCUUUGACUACUCCCCUGAAAUGAAUAUUCUUGUGACGGGAGGAUAUGAGCCGCUGAUCCGAAUUUGGAACCCAUACGUCACCAACAGUCCCAUCACUCAGCUGAAGGGCCAUUCCACUGCUGUCACUCACCUCAUGAUCAAUGGGCAGAGGAACACCAUUGUCAGCAUCUCCAAAGACAAGAAUAUUCGCGUCUGGGACCUGCUGGAUCAUUUCUGUUUACAGUCAAUCCAUGGCAGGAACGUCCCGCUGGGCAACUGUCCGAUCUCAUCUGUGUACUACGACCGGCUUCACAAUAUCUUGAUCUGCGCCACUUACAAGCUUGGUUUGUUCUUUGGCACUGAAUUCACCGAAGUGGAGCUCAAGACCCAGGAGCAGCCGCUCUGUUGCGCCCUGUACAACAAGAUCUUUAAACAGGCAGUGAGUUGCUGGUACAGUGGGAUGGUCACUGUUUGGGACAUCAUGACAGGACAGAAGAUUAUGGAGUUCUCCACCUCCUCAGACCAGUCUAUGGAAAUCACAGCCAUGAUCUUUGAUCCACCGGAGAGGCGGCUCAUCACCGCCCUGAAAAAUGGGAUUAUCAAACUGUGGAACUUCAACAACGGGGCUUGCCUGAUGGAGAUUCCCUUUGAGGAAAAGACUGAGAUCAACUGCAUCUUUUACAUGAACCACAUGAUUUUUGUAACUGAUUGGACCAGGAGAGUGACAUGGUACCGGGACUCCAGAGAUGAGAACCAAGUGAUUGAAUGCAAGCACUGGAAGUCCUAUCACUCAGAGGACAUCCUCUGUAUGGAUGGUCACAGCAAUAAGUUUUUGGCGACAUCAUCCAGCAAUGGAGACAUUGUGCUCUGGAACAUCAACUCUGGUCAGGCCUUCUGCCGGUUCAACGCGUCUGAGAGUCCUCUGGUGCUUCUUCCCAAGCGGGAGUUCUUCUUGAAUGCAGAGGGUCCCAUUCAGAGCAAAGAUGUCAAGAAGGUGGGGGGCUACCAGGGUGAGAGUGAGAAGAAGUAUUGGGCCUACCCAAGGGUCGAGCUUCCCUCAAAAUCUGUCGUCCUUUCGCGCCCCGCCAGCGCAAAGAGUCUUGUCACGCCUUCAGGUCCCUGCAAGCGUCCAUCUUCAGCUAUAUCUGGAAGCCAGUUAAUGAAGCCCCAGGCAGCUUGGACCUCCAUAGCAAGCAUGAAGAGUGGCCUCUCUCUCCACCAUUCGGCCACUACGGAGAACUGCCUGCUGAGGAAGGAGACCCUGUCAUGGCAAGAGGAGGUAAAAGCUUCCCAAAGAGCUGUGCAGAAGGUUCUCUUCCUGAAGUCCCGUGAACGAAAGCCCAACGUGGCCAUUUUGCUCACCAGCUGCAUGGAUGGGUUCCUGUAUGCCUGGUCCGUGGGAAACAAAGGAGGUCUGAUGGGCAAAUUCCGAGCCACGCACAGCACUGCCCUGGACACAGUUGUCAGCACCAUGUCCACAGAUGACAAGGACUUGAUCCUCUUAACUGGAGAUUCCUUGGGUUACAUCAAGAUCUGGGACAUCAUGAAUUACUGCAUAGGACCAAAUACACAAGACUCCAAAUUAGAUCUGGCUGAGGAAUCUCCUCCUGAGAAGAACUCCUUUCGUGACUUAAUCCCUGAUUACUGCAGAAUUGCUUCAACCUUCUCAGAGGAUAGAAAAAUCCAGCAGGUACAUGAUGGCUGGGUCACCUCCCUGAUCCCUCCAGUCUGCCUGAGCUCUUGGAGGGGGCAUCUGAAGAAUGUGGUCAGCCUCAAAUAUGUGGAAAAAUUCCAAGCCAUUCUCACAGCCAGCCAUGACUGCACAAUUAAGCUGUGGCUGUUGACAGGCAGGCACAUUGGGACCUUUGGGCAGUCAUUGUGGAGACUGGGGAUCACAAACUUAAUGCCGGCAGAAGUGCCCGAGGAGAUCCGUCGCGUGGCAUCCUUACACACCCUGAGAGUCCUCAAUGAAGGCCGACAACCCCACUGGGAGAGCACCCGCAAGAUUGUCCAGACCCUGAGUCAGCAGAGGAAGCAGCAAUCCACGAUGGUGGAGUUCCUGAGUGUGAAGUCAUCCUUCGACUUCGACGCUGUGGGAAAGAUGCAGGACCUGAUCCAUAGAGAGACACGGAUGGCCCAGUACAGCGAGGAGCAAAUUGAGGCUUCCUUUCAGAAAUGGGAAGAGUCUGGGAAGAAAAGUGACAUUCUGGGCCAUGCCUACAAGCAGAAAGGGCGCCGUCCUUUGCUGAAGCAGCUUCCGGAGGUGAGGGCCUCCGUGGCCAACAAGGAUCAGCCUCGAAUCUACCACUGUAUCCAAUACACGGACCUUUACCCAAUGGUUAAUCCUCGGAUUCCUGACGUUUUGGUGGAAGCCCAACAGAUGCAGGCUUUAGCUGAGAUACGGGGCAUCCGAAAGGGCAAGAGAUGGAUGGCGCUGAGUGGCAUCAUGAAGCCCACCAUGAAGAACCUGAUGUCGCGCAGGAAUGCGCUGGUUAUCAAGGAAUGACGCGCCAGCCAAAGCUUGCAGUUCUGCUCAAGGAAGCCCAGACUUGCAAUCCUUUCCAUGCCUGAUCUGUUCCUGAUUCCAGGUUCCUGCAGAAGAAUGUUUGCAAAUCGUUUAAGCAGCUGAAGCUUGAAAAUAAAUAUAAUAGUGAAAGUCCAUGGCUUGGGAUGGUCCCUCCAGCCCAAAGGAGGGUGGAGGGUCCCGGAUGGAGAAGGCCGUUAAGGGCUGAUGAAUAAGCAACAUUUUCAGAUGCAGAGAUUCUGGAGCAUGCUUUAGAUGGGUUCGUCAGUUUCAAAGGGAAUGGCUUACUCUGCUGGGUCACUUCCCCCAUGUCCAGCUGAGAACAAGCCCCGGGCAAGGGGCUGAAUUGGGACAGUAACUUCCAGGGUUGGCCACGCUGGCUGGGAAGCUGGAGAUCCAGCAACUUCCAGUCGGUCAAGGCUGACUUAAAGAUACAAGAAUGGUUUUGCUGGAUCAGGCCUGAUCUGUGGAAUCCAGCAUUCUGCUUCCCUCUGUGGCCGAGCUGAUGCUCCGAAAGGCACUGCGUGUAGGAGCAAAGGUGGCCUGCCUGGCAGACACAUCACCUGGUGUAUUGCUAAGCAUCUCUGUUCCACUCCGAUCCUCUUUGGAGCAAGGCUCCGUCAGCACCACACGAGCGUUUCUCUUCGACGCACCUUCCUAAUUUUUGGCUCCAUUUCUCUGGCUGAUUGUGCUAUAUAAGGGCACUUUGUUCCCGUCUGGGCGAGGGCUGGGAAGACGGCCACUGACCGUCUGUUCCAGAUCAAACGGCGGCUGCA